GGAAGGAAACGGCGAGGGCUUCAUCAACAGACAGGGGAGUCUCUUGUCAGGCUGAUAGAAGGCUGGCUAUAUCAAAUGAAAGCCUGACACGGGAUACGCCACGGAAAUCUCUCUGGCUGAGAUAACGUCGUCGACGUUUACAGAAAAUAAUUCCAGCGGCUGGAGAUCCAGAUGUUUACGUAAAACAAGCUGUCAAUCGUAUUCUUGGAACUGGAACUUUCAUCGCAUUUUGUUUCUCUCUGUGCUGCUUGGGGGGGUGGCUACAACGGUGCCACAUUUAACUCGUUUGCGUCACGCUUUGGAGUUUCCUCCCUGGUUCGACAUUUGGCGUUUGCUGAGGUUUUGAGACCAAAACCGAAAUUCCAGACCAUUUUUUGGCUGGUGGGCUAAAGCUGCCUUCUCUGAUGGGUUACAUGGCGUGCGUUUGAUCCUGGGGCUUUUGAUCCUGGGGCUGCGCGAUGGCCGCGUCGGGCGGACGGAAGAGCGAGAAGUUGGACGAGGCACAGGCGUUGGCCCGGAGCUGCGCGGGGAGACCGGACUUUCUCCCGUGCGACGGACUGUCCAUCUGCGCCACACACAGCCAUGGGAAGUGCUUCAAGCUCCACUGGUGCUGCCACUUGGGAUGGUGUCACUGUAAAUAUGUGUACCAGCCGAUGACCAACGUGUGCCACCUCCCCAGCACCCCAGUGCCUGCCACGCCCACAGACCACCCCCAUACCAUGGACCUGACAGUCUCAUUGGCCGAACGCUUCCUCAUGACCGCCCCCGCCUUCCAAGCCCCGCCCUGCCUGGAGUCGCCAAAGUUCUGCAUCAUCUCAGACCUCUUCGUGGACGACUACAUGGUCAAACGCAUCAAUGGGAAGAUGUGCUAUGUCCAGAGACCUCAACCUUCGACCAUGCCCAGCCCGCCUCAAUCACAUCCCCCUCACCCCCGGUCCAAACCCCACCCCCAACGGACCCCCAGACACCACCCACACCUCCAGCCCAGACCACACCCCCAGGGCACCAAGCCCAGUGCCCUGGGGGACAAGGUCACCACCCCCAAAAUAGACCACUGCUCCUCGCCGGCCAGCUCUGAGGAUUCUGGGAUAAAUGCGCUGGGCGGCCAUUACAUGGAGUCAUGUGACGAGGGUUCUGAGGAAGAGGAGGAAGACGAGGAGGAAGUGGAGGAGGAGGAGGAUGAAGACUUAAGUAGUGAUGGAGAGUCUAGUCCACUAAGUAUGUGGAAUCAAGAUGAGUGUUCUCUGCUCUCUCCGUCCAGGUCUCUGGUGGAGAUUAUUGAGAAGAUUGAGACAACUGUGUGAGACAACUUGCACUGUCGCGUUGAAAUGGAGACGAUGAGACCGUGAUCUAGCCGGUUCAGCUUAGAGCCACACACACACACACACACACACACACACACUAGCCUGUCAACGUUCCUCUAACUACAGUAUACUAAUCGUACAACAUCAAAACAGUGACCUGUUACUUAUGAACUUUGACCUUUCACCUGUUAUAGCAUGGUUAUCUAUGACCUUUCACCCUGUUAUAGCAUGGUUACCUACGGCCUUUCACCCUGUUAUAGCAUGGUUACCUACGACCUUUCACCCUUUUAUAGCAUGGUGUACCGACCGCAUUCUACUCUGGAGGGAUUUCACUUCUCUUUCCAGACCAGUAGUCAGCUGAAAGAACCCACAAGUGAACAAGAGCACAAAUGUAGGAAUAAGUGAAUGUGAUCUAGUCCAUGACCCAACACACUUAAAGAAGAGCACGAUGUGACCAUUCUGAGGAUUCUAAGUCAUGAGGCUACUGCUUUUUACACAAGAAUCAAGGUUGAAACCCAAAUGGCACCCUAUUCUCUAUAUAGUGCACUACUUUAGACCAGGACCCAUAGGGGAUAGUGCACUACUUUAGACCAGGGCCCAUAGGGGCUGGUGCACUACUUUAGACCAGGGCCCAUAGGGGAUAGUGCACUCCUUUAGACCAGGGCCCAUAGGGGAUAGUGCACUACUUUAGACCAGGGCCCAUAGGGGAUAGUGCACUACUUUAGACCAGGGCCCAUAGGGGAUAGUGCACUACUUUAGACCAGGGCCCAUAGGGGAUAGUGCCCAACUUUAGACCAGGGCCCAUAGGGGAUAGUGCACUACUUUAGACCAGGGCCCAUAGGGGAUAGUGCACUACUUUAGACCAGGGCCCAUAGGGGAUAGUGCACUACUUUAGACCAGGGCCCAUAGGGGAUAGUGCACUACUUUAGACCAGGGCCCAUGUGUGAUGAUGAAUCUGUGACAUCACGGGCAUAUUAACAUCUGAAGUCUUUUACAACACUGCACAUGUUUACAGGCCACACCCACAAACAACACUGAUGACCUAUAACAGGACUUAUCUCCACCGGCGGAGGAGGGGUUACAGCGUCCAGACACACCCAGUGUCCUGCCAAGGCUUUCUGACAAUCAUCUGACUAGAAUCACCCCCCUGUGAACAUAGACCCUGUGCAUGUAGCUGCCUGAGGAGUCACAGCCCAGGACAGGAAUCUCAGUGUAUUACAGACACAAUGCAGAGCAGUAGCAGUGGGACGAGGACGUUGUUCUGACCACGACAAAACAACAACAAGAAGACCUGCUGUGUGUCUUGUCUGUCUCUAAAUGAUUGCUCCAAUCACAUGUUGAGGGUCUUGAACAAAGCACACCUUUCUGAUCUAUUAACACACAGAAACUAUAGACACGCACACACACACGCAUAUAUAUACACGCUUUGUGGGUGAAUUUCUAUUCCUCUCUGAUUGAAAGAGAAUCGUAACAUCAGGGAUAAAAAAAUAUAUACGCUUUAAAACAUCACUGUAAAUACAGAUGCAGGAUCUUAAUUUGAUCACCGUGUUGCAGGACAACUUUCCUGCAAUGCAGGAAAUGUACAACUUGUUGUGUAUUUGAGGUUUUAAAAGGCUUCUGAAGUUUCUAAAUUCCACUUUGAAAUUUCAGACUUGAUUUCCAUCUAUCAACCCCUACAAAAAUGUAAAUUCAUUAAAAUCCUGUUGAUGCAGGGUUCAUUUCAUACUGUAGCAAACUGGCUCAAAUGAAGAUCCUACAUCUGUACACAUACAGUCAAAUGAUCACAUAUUACAGAGGAAAUAUCAAGCAAACCAUGAUCUGAUUUUUCUAAUAAAUGUUUUCACUAAAAA